AACAAAUUUACCAAUUUGCCAUCACUCACUCCCACUCAAAAUCAAAACUCAAAACUCAAAAGUCAAAACCCAAAUUUCACACAAACGGGCAAGAAUUGCAGUAAAACCCAAAUAAUAUUAAUUCGAAAGCCGAUCAUCAAUGGCUUCGGCGGCAUCAGCAGCCUCUGCCAAUAAGCCAUUUUCAGUUCUAUUUGUUUGUCUUGGCAAUAUCUGCAGAAGCCCGGCUGCUGAAGGCGUCUUCGCCCACCUCGUCAAGCAAAGGAAUCUUGAUUCCCGAUUCCACAUUGAUUCUGCUGGAACCAUCAAUUAUCACGAGGGCAACCAAGCAGACCCAAGAAUGAUAGCAGCUGCGAAAAAGCGUGGAAUUGAGAUAACUUCGAUAUCGAGGCCGAUAAGGCCGUCCGAUUUCAGAGAUUUUGAUCUCAUUCUUGCCAUGGACAGGCAGAACAAAGAGGAUAUACUUGCGGCGUUUGAGAGGUGGAAGAACAGAGAGACAUUUCCUGGUGAUGCAGCUAAGAAGGUUCAGUUAAUGUGUUCCUACUGUAAGCGACAUAAUGAAACCGAAGUGCCUGACCCCUAUUACGGUGGACAACAAGGUUUCGAGAAGGUUCUAGAUAUACUAGAAGAUGCUUGUGCGUCGCUCUUGGAAAAUAUUCUUGGCACGACAAGUCCUGGCUAAGUUUCGUGCUUUCUUGUCCAUCCAUGCUUGCUAUUUUUCGACUACAGAAAAAGUAAUCUAAUCAACCUCGUGUUUUUUCCACUUUGCAUUGUCAGAUAACAAGUUUUUUGUGCUAUUUUGCUAUUGAAUCACUCUCUCUAAUUAAUAACCGGAAUUGAGAUGAUUAUAUCCAAUAUC